CAUCAAGGGUUCUAAGUGUCAGCGCGAGGUGGCUAGUGCUGCUGGUUGGUGUAAUAGUAGUUGGCGACUGGCAAGGAGUUGGGCACACAGAGAGGCAGGCUGGCUACUCGAGAGCUUGGCGUAGUACUGUGAGCUAUACGUCUGUGGGCGGGCGGGCGAGCGAGCGAGCGAAUGAACGAACGAACGACUGACUGACUAGGAAACAAACUAGCAAAUUUCGCCACUGGGUGGAUGCAGUGGAUUGUGGCAGCUAGCAGUCGUAGGCACUGUCAUUGUGCGAGAGCCUUCGUCGCUGAAUAGUAUUCACGGGCCGUUCGUUCAUCGAGGCAGUAUCACUGCCGCAGCAGCAGCAGCUGAAGGAGCUCCGGCAGCGACUGCCUCGGCCGACGGCUCGACAAGCCGAAGACCGACGUCCAACAGAACAGAGAAGUAGGCGAGAACACAGCGGAGCCUUUUGUUUGUUGCUACUUUUCUUCCUGCUACGAGGAACCGAGAGACGGCAGCAGCGGCAGACAUCAACGAAGGCGUGCGUCCACGAACGUGUCGACUAUUGAGUGACGGAACGGAAGGUCUCCGGCGUGCGCCAGCCAUCGUGUGGUUGUCUGUCUAGCAGCCCGUUCUGGCUUGGCCUAGUUCCAUCCUAAUUUCGCUUGGCCCUGUGCAAGUGCUAUGUUGUAAUAAUCUAUGACGUGUGUAACAGGGUCGCCGAUCGACCUGCAACGAAAGGCAAUCGCAGUAGCAACACGAAAAGCAGUAUUGUUGUAACAAACAGGUUGGUAAAACAAAGGGAAAAAGGUAGGCUGACGUGCUAAAGGUGCUGUUGCUUCCGGUGAAGCUUAAUUUUAUUGCCAUAUCGUGUCGCAGAUACGAUUGAAUCUCCUCGCUGGAUUUCGAGGAUUCAAGAACAAUCAGCGAACGAAGCGGAGUGCAUACUGUCAUCGUACGGUGUUCAAGUGACCUACAUACUUACUGUGCCGCAUUACGACUGCAGUACGCGGGGCGAACCGACUCCCCCUGCCUAUUUAUUAGGUACUAGAGCAGCACCGCACUGGCGUGAUAGAUACAUUGUAUUCAAACGCACAACGGUAGAUAACGACUGGAACCCCUUCAGUGAACAACAAGUGAACGCGGGUGUGUUUGUACGUGUCUGUGUCUUUCUGUGUCACGAACAGCAAAUUAGCAAUAAACUUCUACAGCUAUCGCCGUUGUCGUCUAUUUUCUGGAGCACACAACUUGUGUGACCUCACAUCGACUGGUAUUUCUGCGGUAGCCGUCAGUUAGUGCAAGCGAGUUCACGUGCGGUAUCCCGGAGACGGCCAACAACUUUUGCUAUAAUCGCUUCUGUUGAAGAAUCAAUCAUUGGCACUCAGCAUGCUUAUUAAGGAGUAUCGAGUGGCUUUACCACUAACCGUCGAGGAGUAUCAGGUGGGCCAGCUUUUUGGAGUGGCUGAAGCAUCGAAGAAUGAGACAGGAGGGGGAGAAGGUGUGGAAGUUCGGAAAAACGAACCGUUUAAUGGGGUACCUCUACUCGGCGGCAAAUAUAACAAAGGACAGUACACAUACAAAAUAUAUCAUAUGCAGUCGAAAGUGCCGGGUGUCAUUAAAAAGAUAGCACCAAAGGGAGCACUAGAAAUCCACGAGGAAGCUUGGAAUGCUUAUCCCUACUGUAAGACAGUAAUCACUAAUCCUGACUAUAUGAAGCAAAACUUCAUGAUAUCGAUUGAAACAAUGCACAUACAGGAUGACGGCAGCCAGGAGAACGUGCAUGAAUUGACUCCUGAGGAGCUCAAGGUGCGCGAAGUUGUGAAUGUGGAUAUCUCUGAACCGCCACAGAACUCAUCUGAUUAUCGGGAGACUGAAGACCCGACAAAGUUCCAAUCAGAGAAGACAGGUCGAGGUCCUUUAACACGAGGAAAGUGGCAUUUGGACCAGAAGCCCAUUAUGACGGCGUACAAGCUGGUUCGCUGUGAGUUCAAGUGGUUCGGUCUCCAGAUGAUAGUCGAGAAUAUGAUUCAUAAAACCGAGAGGAGAUUGUUUCAUACCUUCCAUCGACAAGUGUUCUGUUGGAUCGAUCGUUGGCACGGCAUGACAAUGGAAGACAUUCGAGCACUAGAGGACAAGGUCAAAACUGAGCUCGACAAGCAGCGAAAGGAAGGACCAGUUCGAGGAAGCAAGCUUGAUGAUUAAGUUCUAAGCUAUCGCGUCUGCUUCGAGUUGGCUUGAGCAUGCGUACAAGCAGCUACAGCAAACGAGCAGAAGCAAAAUAAUCGAAAAAUGCGCAGCAAAACAAAGACGAGACAAACGAAACCAGUAGGGAGGUCGAACGAGAGUUAGUGCGAGAACGAAAUAUGUGCGAAGUAAUC